UUUCGCAUUUGUAAAGGUGAAGGUGCGUUUUUCCCACUCAACUUCAUUCCUCACCUGAAACCAUCUCUGGGACACAUGUGACGCACAGUUCGCUCACUCCGAGUGGACAACAGGCCUUAAUAAGGUUGUUGUUUAAGAUAUAUAUUGAUCGCCUUCAGAAUGACAGACUGAAGAAGACGCACACUGGAAGUGAUUUAUUGAAGUGAGCAGGUGUUCCAGUGAAACCAUGGAUCAGACCACAAUGGACUUUCAGGCCCUGAUGGCCAAGUUUCAGGAAGAAGAUAUUCCACUGAAACAACCUAAGAUUAAACCCGUUGUACCAGAGAAGCCCAGAGUCAUCCCUCCUUCGUCCAGCCCCACUCAUUAUCUCCCUGCAGGAGCACGUCCAUCCCUACUCACCUCUAUCAACCAGAGCUUGGAAAGCAAGACACUCCAUGUCCCCAGAGUGGUCUUCAAAGAUGACAAGAAGGAGAGCAAAAAGCCACUCAUCCAGUCAAAUUCGAUGGGACAAGAGAAGGGUGGAGGUAAACUGAAAGUGAGUAAAGACAGAACACCAAAUGUAAGCAAAGACAAGCGUGGUGAGGACAUGGUGCAGCAGAAGCAGAAGGAUUAUGGUAAAGAUAAGAAGCUCCCAUUGGUGCUUCCUGUUAAACCUAAAGAGCAAACAGCAGUGCUAGUGCCAGCUAAUCCGCCCCCUACCGCUACCACACCAAAGAAGAAGAGCUUCCCUGGUUUUAAGAAGACACCAAAAACCGAAUCCACAGAGGUCCCAGCUGAGCCCAUCCUGGACACUCCCACCUCAGAUGUUGCUGGACCAAUUCCACUUAUCCCAGUACCCCCUGACUUUUGUGAUGCAGCCCCAGAGCCUGAAAUCUCAGCCCCUAAGGCUACUCUACCACAGAUGCCCACCUUACCUGACUCCAAUGCUACAAUGGAACUUACCCCCACCUCUCCACUUUCUAUAGGACAGGUGGAGGUAAGCAGAAUGAAUUCAGGAGAGGGUCCUGCCUCUCCUGAAUUCAUUCCACCUCCUGUUUUUAUUCCUGAAAUUCCAGAAUAUAGAGACCCAACCCUAGAGUUUGAUCCCCAACAUGAAAUAAAAGAUCUCUCCCUGCCAAAUCUGAAUGCUCCCAGUGCAGUUUUCCCAAAUGAGCUGAAACCGAGAACUGACACAAACCCUACAGCCAGUUGUACAGACCAAGUCAUCCCAGGACCAGUAGCCUCGACUGCAGCUCCAUCACCUGCAGAGCCAGAGCUUGUAGCUGUAGCAGCAAACAUAGCUGCUAUGGAAAAACCAUCUCCGCCACUGACAGACUCGUCAUCCGUCAUGCCAUCUCCCAAAACUGAGAGUUCAGUCUCAGCGUUAUCAGUACUGGAACGGGCAGGGGACAAGAACACCGGCAAACGGAUUUCGUGUGACCAAAGGAUCUUUGAUGCUCUGGAGAAGGCUCGCAAGAAGGCAACGAGUUCGCAGACCAACCCUUCCACAUUUUACCCAAUCAACCCGCCAAGCGAGGAACUACUCUCUUCUCUCAGCCUCACCGACUCUUUCUCAGACUUUCCACCAGCUGAUUAUGAGGUUCCGGUGGAGAAAGGUCUCCCACCAACACCUGUACAAGUUAAUGGCUUUGAUCACAGACAAGCCUCCACUGUGUUGGCUGACAUUGCAGAGGAAGGUUCUCCUGAUUCUCCAGAGCUGUUGGAGGUUCCACCUCCCCUACCUAAAAACACCCAUUCUAAACAUGGCUUUCCAGGUCCUACUCCAGAAAAGCCUGCCAGGUCUUCAUCUGUCAAUCUGGAUGUCUUCAACCCUACAAAUGUUCAAAGCAAAAGUGCAGAAAACGCCGCUGACUUUUCACAGCCACAUUUUGAGGAUGUGGGUUCACAUGCCUCUUCUCCAGCUCAUCCAGUAGUAGACUGGGGGAAUGCUGACUAUGAGCUUGAUUGUCAAGAUGGACAGAACCCUCAGACAUUCUUCAGCAAUGGGCUACAAGGAGCAGAGGUUCAUGGAAUGUCAACAUUAGGAAAGGAAUACCAAGAUAAUCGACAACCAAACUCCUUCUUCCCUGUUAAUCAGGAUCUCCAAAUACAGCCAGGGCUCCAAGUAGACGAAGAUAUGUGUGAUAGUUCCGGAAAUGUCUACGAGGACGUCACUUCGGCUGCUGCCAAAAAGAAAACUGCCAAGAAACGCAAAGGACCACCAAAGAAUCCAUACACUGAGGGAUCACAUGACAAAAAUGAAGACAAACACAAGACGGACUGGUUCAGCAAGAAUGAGAAUAAAACCACCCCAGAGGUGACUGAUGACAAAGAGCUGAAAAAGAAAGAGAAGCAACGGCUGGAAAAGGAAAAGAAGGAGCAAAAAGAGCAAAAGGAGAGAGAGAAAAAAGAACAGAAGGAGAGGGAGAAGAGGGAGAAUGAGAUGCAGAAAAAAUUCAAAAUCACAGGACAGGAGGAUGCAAUUUACCAGGCAAAAGUAACUGUCACAAACAAGGGACGAAAGAACGAUCUACCCGUUCAGAGUGGCGAGAUCGUCAGCAUUAUCCGAACGACUAACUGUCCCAAAGGGAAGUGGUUGGCGAGGGACAGCAGCAAUAACUAUGGGUAUAUCUCUGUGGAUCAUGUGGAGCUGGACAUCAAGGAAAUGCUGGAACUGGGAAAGAAAGCAGCACAUACCCGCAAGGCCAGCACAAAAGCUAUUGAGACGGACAUCACCAGCACGGGCAGCAGAAUUUCUAAUCAUUACCCACUGUCCACCGGCAGCUUCACAGAUGACAGUGAGGAAUGGACCGGUGAUGAUGAGGAACACAUGUCUUCACCUACUGAAACGACAGAUCAUCUGAAUCCACCCACCAGAGACACCAGAGACACAAGGCCACGCUCCAUGCCAGAAAUGGGAACCCAAGAGAUUGAUAUAAAUCACCAGCACAGUCACAGUGACACCGCUACAGACGGAACAAAACACGAAGCACUUCAAAAGCUGGCAAACUUUUUCCAUACACCCCAAACUUUGGGGCAGCCAAGUGCCAGCAGGAUGAAACCAGAUCCACGUCCUGUGAGCAUGAUAGAUAUCGUUCAACAACCUGGAACAACUUUGAAGGAGGACAUGAAUAUUGGCGAUCUGGACAUGCCCAUCUUACCUCCACCUGUCCUUUACGCUGAUGGCUCCUGACUGUCAUCAUGAGUCGUGGUCAAAGAUGGGCUCACAUCGUGUAUGUAUCAUCACUGUGCCAAUAUGCAAAGCUGCUCACCAUUACCAAAGAGGGAACCAAGCAUAAUUUAUUGAAUGUACAACUCUAUGAAAAGAAGCAAUGCAAAAUACUGGAAUGUACAUAUUCAAAUCAUAUACAGUUGCAAUAUGAUAAAACAAAUUCCUGUUAAUUUGUUCACGCAAAGUAGGUUAGAUUGCACUAACAACUUUGUGUUGUGCUUUCAUGAUUUUGGCACAGAUAUGUCUCCAUUAUUUUAUGAAUAUUUUCAAUUCUUUGUUGAUAUACAAGCAGUGAUGGACAUCACUGGCCUGUGGAAAUAAAAACUACCAAAU